UUCAGCUGAGGUAAGCUACACAAAGAGCGAGUGCCCUUGGCCUGUUCUCUGCACUCCAGCGAUCAUGGCACUCCUGUCCGUGUUCACGCCCUUUCUGGCGGUAGUUUUGUGCCUGGUGAUAGGCUUUAUGCUGGUGAAAUCACGGGAAACGGAGACCUCAUCCACGUCUCCAAGCAAAACUAAAGGGGGGACAAAAGGGGGGAAAAGGCCAUGGGUGGACCAGGAUUUACAGGAUGAUACAGACACCACAGCAAAAGACGGAGAUGAUGAUGAUGGUGACUGGGGGGACAGCACUGAAGAGGAGAGCCUUGCACAUGUGCCCUAUUCACCACUGCGUUACCCUGAGGAGACAAUGCUGCAGAGAUCCGAGGAGUUUUACACUUUGAUGAACCAGCGGAGGUCUGUCCGAUUCAUCAGCCCAGAGCCGGUCCCACGGGAAAUCAUCGAUAAUGUCAUUCGCACUGCAGGUACAGCACCUAGUGGAGCACAUACAGAACCCUGGACGUUCGUCGUGGUGUCAGAUCCAGAUAUGAAGCAUCAGAUUAGACUGAUAGUGGAGGAGGAGGAGGAGAUGAACUACCGCCAGAGGAUGGGGGAAAAAUGGGUCCAGGAUUUGGCCAGAUUGAGAACAAACUGGAUUAAGGAGUACUUGGAUGUUGCUCCAUAUCUGAUCCUCAUCUUUAAACAAACCUAUGGGAUUCUACCAAAUGGCAAGAAAAAGACACACUACUACAAUGAAAUCAGCGUGUCCAUAUCCUGUGGGAUCCUUCUGGCAGCAUUACAGAACGUGGGUCUUGUUACAGUCACGUCGACGCCCCUCAACUGCGGCCCCAAGCUCAGGCCCCUUCUUAAACGCCCAGCAAAUGAGAAGCUGCUGAUGCUACUUCCUGUUGGUUAUCCCGCCUCUGACGCUACUGUGCCUGACUUGAAACGCAAGCAUCUGGAUGAUAUUAUGUUGCACAUGUGAGAGAAUCCGUUUGCAAAGAGCAAAAUAUUUUGUAUUACUUCAUCAAAUUCUUUGCCCGUAGCUGAGAAAUCAAGCAGACACGUGCCUGAUAUGACUUAGAAAUGCUUUCACUGUAGAAAGAAGCAGAGAGUGAGGGCCCUUUAAAGCAGUCUUCAAGUGUGUAACUAAUCAGAUAGACAACCAAGAGUGGGUGACAUUAAUCAUUUCAUAGCCUUCAAAACAAAUUACUAAUUGACAAACCUAGCUCUUUUUUUUUAUUUUGAAGGCAAAAUAAGUCCAAUUUUGGUGUAUAUCUAAAUAAGAAAGGUAUUCUUUCUGAUUUUAAUAACAUAAUUAAAGUCAGAUUUAGUUUGAAUAUUCCUAGCGUGGCACUACUUGAAAUCUAUAGAGCUGAUAAUAUGUGGAUAUUAUAUGUGACCACUGUGUGCCUCAACAGCUCGACAAGAAAGGGGAAUGAUUUGACAUAUCGCUUUUUAGCAUAUUUCAGUUAUACAAAAAUCAAAUUGAAUUGACAUUACCCAAAUACAGUAUACAAAUAAAAUACUAUCAUUUACUUAAAUUGUUUAUAAGUGUUCUAUUUGGGGUGGCUGUGGCUCAUGAAGUUGAACGGGUCAUCUACCAAUGAAGAUGACCUAAAUAAAGACUUUGAGUGCUCGAGCAGAAAAAUGCUAUAUGAUCCAUUUAUUAUUUAGUUGGAACAAAUAGCUUACAAUAAAGUGAUAUACUUCAUUAUUAGCUUCUGAGAUCACUAGGACAGUGAUCCCAGGAGCCAGCUGAGGUGGUUUGGGCAUCUGACGAGGAUGCCUCCUGGGUGCCUCUUGGGCAAAGUGUUCCGGGCAUGUCCUUCUAGGAGGAGGCCCCGGAGCAGACC